CUCAGCCUUAAGGUAUGUUUCUCGCCGAUAAGAUACGGGCAGUGCCACCAACGUUUUGCCCAUCUUACUCCCUAAAAUCAAGCCCUACCAAGUGACAACCAUGACAGUCCCAGAGUCUAGCAUCACCAUUGAGCCAGGAUAUCGUCCUGGUUUGCUAGCCAGGUGUCUCGAGAUGCACAUCGCCUACUACCACCCAUACAACUCCUGGGGUCUUGCGUUCGAAACCUCCCUCGCCAAAAGCUGGGCCGACCUCAUCCAAAGACUCACCAAUCCUCGCAACCAAAUCUUCGCAGCAGUUCAGUCAGCACCCUCUGACAAUUCCGUCGACUUUACUCAAAAGAUUGUGGGGACUAUCUUGAUUGACGCAGAGCACCUUCAACAACCCAACACGGCGCAAAUUCGUGGCUUCAUCGUUGAUGAGCGUGCUCGUGGCCUUGGAGUAGGGAAGCGCUUGAUGGCGGCGGCGAUGGAAUUCAUAGAGCAGCAAAAGUUUGACAAGGUUACGCUUUUCACAUCGAGUACUCAGGAAGCUUCUUUAUAUCUCUAUAAGAAGGCGGGUUUCGUGGUGGUAAAGGAUGAGCAAAAGGUUCUAUGGGAUGUGCCAAUGAAUGAGUUACAGCUUGAUUGGGCGCGACCGAUUGUCGCAGCGCAAGGAGUUGAGGAAAACGGAGUUAUGAAGAGCGAUAUAUAAAGGAAAUACAGUAUACUAAAAAACAAAACCCUCU